AUUAGGAUUUGCUAUCUGACGUCACGUCUGCCGCAGAUUGGCUGUUCAGAUCUGACACAGGGCUCUGCCGGGGAGAAGAAACUUUUAAAAGACUUUGCCGCCCGGGCUGCCUCUGAGCGUCCAGCGCUCACGGUCGUCCUCGCCCACCCUCGAGGGUCGGCGCCCGUGGCACCCCCGCUGCACCUCGCGACACGCCGGCUGAGCUAGGAGACCCUCACCUUGCGCAGCCCGCGCCCCUCCCCUCCUCUCCACCCCAACUCCCGCCCCUUGCUCGCCACCGCUCCCGGCUGGGGUCCGUUGCUGCUCAGCUGCCCGUAAAGCUUCCUUCCCUGUGGCCACCCAGUCGGCCUCCACCCCGCCGCGCUCCGGCUCUCCGGGGAGUCCUUGGUGAUACCAAGGGAGCGCGCCGGGGCAGGGCGAGCCGCGCGGCCGGAGACUGCCCGCGAUGGCGGGAGCCUGGCUCAGGUGGGGACUCCUGCUCUGGGCAGGGCUGCUAGCGUGGUCUGCACACGGCCGGGUGCGGAGGAUCACGUACGUGGUGCGCCCGGGCCCCGGGCUGGCGGCCGGAGCCUUGCCUCUGGCUGGGCCCCCACGGACCUUCAACGUCGCGCUGGACGCCAGGUACAGCCGCAGCUCAUCGGCUGCCUCCAGCCGCGCCUUGGCCGGGCCCCCAGCCGAGCGGACCCGUCGCACUAGUCAGCCUGGCAGCGCGGCCCUGCCGGGAGUCCGAUCGCCGCUGCCACCCGAGCCCGCGCGUCCGGGGGCGCCCGGCCGGCAGCUCCACUCUAAGGCCGGUGCUCAGCCGGCAGUCACCCGCUUCGCCAAACAUGGCAGGCAAGUCGUGCGCUCCAAAGUGCAGCAGGACACUCAGAGCGCCGGGGGCUCCGGGCUGCAGGUUCAGCAGAAGCAGCAGCUGCAGGGGAUCAAUGUCUGUGGAGGGCAGUGCUGCCACGGCUGGAGUAAAGCUCCUGGCUCCCAGAGGUGCACCAAACCGAGCUGUGUUCCACCAUGCCAGAAUGGAGGGAUGUGUCUCCGGCCUCAGCUCUGUGUGUGUAAGCCGGGGACAAAGGGCAAAGCCUGCGAGAUCACAGGGGCCCAGGACACCGUGCCACCAGUCUUUGGAGGACAGAAUCCUGGGUCCUCUUGGGUCCGUCCUGAGCAAGCAGCAAAGCAUACUUCAAGCAAGAAGGCAGACACCUUACCAAGGAUCAGCCCAGUGGCCCAGAUGACCUUGACCCUCAAGCCAAAGCCUUCAGUGGGCCUCUCCCAGCAGAUACAUUCUCAAGUGGCACCCUUGUCUUCCCAGAAUGUGAUGAUACAUCAGGGCCAGACCCAGGAGUAUGUGCUCAAGCCCAGGUACUUCUCAGCCCCGAAGGUGGUCCCUGGAGAACAUGCCACAGAAGGCUCCUUCUCUUUAAGAUAUGGGCAGGAUCAAGUCAUGUCGCCCUUUCAGUUGAGUAACCACACUGGCCGCAUCAAGGUGGUCUUUACUCCGAGCAUCUGUAAAGUGACCUGCACCAAGGGCAACUGUCAGAACAGCUGCCGGAAGGGGAACACCACCACUCUCAUUAGUGAGAACGGCCAUGCAGCCGACACCCUGACAGCCACGAACUUCCGAGUGGUAAUUUGCCACCUCCCAUGUAUGAAUGGUGGCCAGUGCAGUUCAAGGGACAAAUGUCAGUGCCCUCCAAAUUUUACUGGAAAGCUUUGCCAGAUUCCCGUCCUUGGUGCCAGUAUGCCUAAACUCUAUCAGCACUCCCAGCAGCCAGGCAAGGCGCUGGGGACUCACGUCAUCCAUUCCACACAUACUUUGCCUCUAACCAUGACCAACCAGCAAGGAGUCAAAGUGAAAUUUCCCCCCAACAUAGUCAAUAUCCAUGUGAAACAUCCUCCUGAGGCCUCUGUGCAGAUACACCAGGUUUCCAGAAUUGAUGGCCCAGUGGGCCAGAAGGUGAAAGAAGUGCAACCAGGCCAGUCCCAAGUCUCUUACCAAGGGCUUCCCAUCCAGAAGACCCAGACAGCACAUUCCACGUACUCCCACCAGCAGGUCAUUCCACAUGUGUAUCCAGUGGCUGCUAAGACACAACUUGGCCGAUGCUUCCAGGAAACCAUUGGGUCACAGUGUGGCAAGGCACUCCCUGGCCUUUCAAAGCAAGAGGACUGCUGUGGGACAGUGGGGACCUCCUGGGGCUUUAACAAAUGCCAGAAAUGCCCCAAGAAGCCAUCCUAUCAUGGAUAUACUCAAAUGAUGGAAUGCCUACAAGGAUACAAGCGGGUGAACAACACCUUUUGUCAAGAUAUCAAUGAAUGUCAGCUACAAGGUGUAUGCCCUAAUGGUGAGUGUUUGAAUACCAUGGGCAGCUACCGGUGCUCCUGCAAAAUGGGAUUUGGGCCUGACCCUACUUUUUCCAGUUGUGUCCCGGAUCCCCCUCUGAUCUCCGAAGAGAAAGGGCCCUGUUACCGUCUUGUCAGUCCCGGAAGGCAGUGUAUGCAUCCUCUCUCUGUUCACCUCAGCAAGCAGAUCUGCUGUUGUAGUGUGGGCAAGGCCUGGGGCCCACACUGUGAGAAAUGUCCCCUCCCAGGCACAGCUGCUUUUAAGGAAAUCUGUCCUGGUGGAAUGGGUUAUACGGUUUCUGGCGUUCAUAGACGCAGGCCAAUCCAUCAGCAUAUAGGUAAAGAAGCUGUAUUUGUGAAGCCAAAGAACACUCAACCUAUUGCUAAAAGUACUCAUCCUCCACCUCUCCCAGCCAAGGAAGAGCCAGUGGAGGCCCUGACCUCCUCGCGGGAACAUGGGCCAGGAGUGGCGGAACCCGAAGUGGUAACAGCACCUCCUGAGAAGGAAAUACCUUCAUUGGAUCAGGAGAAAACCAAACUUGAGCCUGGGCAACCACAGCUCUCCCCAGGUGUUUCAACUAUUCACCUGCACCCGCAGUUUCCAGUAGUGAUUGAAAAGACAUCACCCCCUGUGCCUGUGGAAGUGGCUCCGGAAGCUUCUACAUCAAGUGCCAGCCAAGUGAUUGCUCCUACUCAAGUAACAGAAAUCAAUGAGUGCACUGUGAACCCGGACAUCUGCGGGGCAGGACACUGCAUCAACCUGCCGGUGAGGUACACCUGCAUAUGCUAUGAUGGCUACAAGUUCAGUGAGCAGCAGAGAAAAUGUGUUGACAUCGAUGAAUGUACUCAGGUCCAGCACCUCUGCUCCCAGGGCCGCUGUGAGAACACAGAGGGAAGUUUCCUAUGCAUCUGCCCAGCAGGGUUUAUGGCCAGUGAGGAGGGCACUAACUGCAUAGAUGUGGAUGAAUGUCUGAGGCCUGACGUGUGUAGGGAGGGUCGCUGCAUCAACACUGUCGGCGCCUUCCGGUGCGAAUACUGUGACAGUGGGUACCGGAUGACAAGGCGUGGCCACUGCGAGGAUAUUGAUGAGUGUCUGAUGCCAAGCACAUGUCCCGAUGAACAGUGUGUGAAUUCCCCAGGCUCUUACCAGUGUGUCCCCUGCACAGAAGGGUUCCGAGGCUGGAAUGGACAAUGCCUUGACGUGGACGAAUGCCUGCAGCCAAAGGUCUGCACGAACGGCUCCUGCACCAACCUGGAAGGCUCCUACAUGUGUUCCUGUCACAAAGGCUACAGCCCCACGCCGGACCACAGACACUGUCAAGAUAUUGAUGAAUGUCAGCAAGGGAACCUAUGCAUGAAUGGGCAGUGCAAAAACACAGACGGCUCCUUCCGGUGUACCUGUGGACAGGGCUAUCAGCUGUCAGCGGCAAAAGACCAAUGUGAAGAUAUUGAUGAAUGCCAGCACCAUCACCUCUGUUCUCAUGGGCAGUGCAGGAACACAGAGGGCUCCUUCCAGUGUGUGUGCAACCAGGGUUACAGAGCAUCCGUGCUUGGAGACCACUGUGAGGAUAUCAAUGAAUGCUUGGAGGACAGUAGUGUCUGCCAGGGAGGUGACUGCAUCAAUACUGCGGGGUCCUAUGACUGUUCGUGCCCGGAUGGAUUCCAGCUGAAUGACAAUAAAGGAUGUCAAGAUAUUGACGAAUGUGUGAACAACACUGUGUGUGACAGUCAUGGGUUUUGUGACAACACAGCUGGCUCUUUCCGCUGCCUCUGUUAUCAGGGCUUUCAAGCCCCACAGGAUGGGCAAGGGUGUGUGGAUGUGAACGAAUGCGAGCUGCUCAGUGGCGUGUGUGGGGAAGCUUUCUGUGAAAACGUGGAAGGGUCCUUCCUGUGUGUGUGUGCCGAUGAGAACCAGGAGUACAGCCCCAUGACUGGGCAAUGCCGCUCCCGGGUCACUGAAGAUCCAGGUGUAAAUCAUCAACCCAGAGAAGAAAAGAAAGAAUGCUACUAUAAUCUCAAUGAUGCCAGUCUCUGUGAUAAUGUGCUUGCCCCCAACGUCACCAAACAGGAAUGCUGCUGUACGUCAGGGGCCGGCUGGGGAGACAACUGUGAGAUCUUCCCCUGCCCAGUCCAGGGGACUGCUGAAUUCAUGGAAAUGUGCCCUAGAGGGAAAGGCUUUGUCCCCGCUGGAGAAUCCUCUUACGACACCGACACCGGUGGUGAGAACUAUAAAGAUGCCGACGAAUGCCUGCUAUUUGGAGAGGAAAUCUGCAAAAAUGGCUACUGUUUGAACACUCAGCCGGGGUACGAAUGCUACUGUAAGCAGGGGACGUACUAUGAUCCUGUCAAAUUACAGUGUUUUGAUAUGGAUGAAUGUCAAGACCCUAACAGUUGUAUUGAUGGCCAGUGUGUUAAUACAGAGGGCUCUUACAACUGCUUUUGCACCCACCCAAUGGUCCUGGAUGCUUCUGAGAAGAGAUGUGUGCAACCAACUGAAUCAAAUGAACAAAUAGAAGAAACGGAUGUCUACCAAGAUCUGUGCUGGGAGCAUCUGAGCGAGGAGUAUGUAUGUAGCCGUCCUCUUGUAGGCAAACAGACGACAUACACAGAGUGCUGCUGCUUGUACGGGGAGGCAUGGGGCAUGCAGUGUGCUCUCUGCCCCAUGAAGGACUCAGAUGACUAUGCCCAGCUGUGCAACAUCCCUGUGACAGGGCGGCGGCGGCCAUAUGGACGGGAUGCGCUGGUGGACUUCAGUGAACAGUAUGGCCCAGAGACAGAUCCUUACUUCAUUCAGGAUCGCUUUUUAAAUAGCUUUGAGGAGCUGCAGGCUGAGGAAUGUGGCAUCCUCAGUGGCUGUGAAAAUGGCCGCUGUGUGAGGGUCCAGGAAGGUUACACUUGCGAUUGCUUUGAUGGAUAUCAUUUGGAUAUGGCCAAGAUGACCUGUGUCGAUGUCAAUGAAUGCAGUGAGCUGAAUAACCGCAUGUCUCUCUGCAAGAAUGCCAAGUGCAUUAACACAGAAGGCUCCUACAAAUGCGUGUGUCUGCCGGGCUACAUACCAUCAGACAAGCCCAACUACUGCACACCGCUGAGCACCGCAUUGAAUUUAGACAAAGACAGUGAUCUGGAAUAAAGAGGUAGCCACGUACCCUGCGCCCAUAUACUCUGCACUGUGUAAGGAAAAGUGAGAGAUGUACAACUGAGACACUGCACCUAACCCAGAACGUGGCAAAGACAGAAACAACACGGAGUCGAAUGAACCCCAAAGACAGUGAGCGGACGGAGCAGCGAUCAGAUAGGUGUGACAGACCAAAUGGACAUUUCUCCAAAAAUCCAGUAUAUAUAGUCUGUUCAUAUGUAAAAUUCAAUGGAAAAGAGGCAGGACAGGGCUGUUAUUUUAAACAGAGGUUGUAUUAUUAUCUUGUUUUGAUUAUUAUUAUUAUUUUUUUGCUCUUGCUUAAAUUUGGCUUUUAAAUAGUGGUGGAAAUGUUUUAUAUGAUUUUUUUCUUUUUGUUGUGCGCUUCCUCAGCUGCGUUUCUUUCUUCUGACGUUAAUCUCAAGUGCAAACAUCUUUGACGAAAUGUUGCUAAGCUGUAUUAUAAGUAUUGUGACACAGGGUUGUGCUGUUCUUUGGUCUGGAGCCU